CUCGAAACUAGACAACUGCACCGCCUGUACAACAACAAAGUAGUAACGAUUUCCGAGUUGGUGAAUUGCAGCUGUCCACAACUAUCCGUACCGUUUGUCCUUGUUGAUGUCUCAUUUUGAACAUCAUCAUGGACACUGAGGUCGCUCCUGCCCCGCCACCUGCUCCUUCCUUUCCAACUGCUCACCUCACUCCUUCCAAGAAACGCAACCGAGAAGGAGAGAUCAUCCACCACCCUGCUUCUCUCAUCUCUCCAGAUGGCCAGCAAAGCAGCCCCCUGACUGCCCACAACUCUCCCUACGGAACACCUGAUUUCAGUCAACGCAGCACCCCAUUGACCGAGCUCGGUACCACUCCUGUCCUUAGCCCGGCACCGCAGUCUACCAUGGCCCCCGCCGACGGGAAGAAGCGGAAGGUCACCUUUGCCGAAAAGGAGGCCGACAAGGCAAUCAAGAAGGCCGAAAAGGAAGAAAAGGAGAGACUGAAGGCCGAGGCCAAAGCGAAGAAGGACGAAGAGAAGAAACGCAAGGAUGAAGAGAGAGAUGCUGCUCGCAAGGUUCGAGAGGAGAAGAAGAAACAGAAAGACGCGGAGAAGCAGGGGAAGGAGGCCGAAAAGCAACGAAAGGAAGCCGAAGCGUUGAAGAAAGAGAGAUCACAAAUGAGACUCGGUGCAUUCUUCGGUCCCCCGGCGGCUGCCUCGACACCCCCGGCUGUUGACCUUGGGGAUAUCUCUCGUGGCACGACGCCUUCCCGAAGAGGUUCGAUCACGUCGAUUGACAUGGAAACACCUCUGGUCGAGCUCAAAGCGUCACCAACGAAACCAACGAAUCCCGGCUACAACGAUUGGAUCCUGCCUUUCUUUGUCAAGGAGCACAUGGAAGUCGCACCGUUCAACCGCUUCCACUCGAACCGAGCUGCUUUCGACAAUGAUGCUCUAGUCCUCAAUCAAGAUGUCACCACUGAGACACUUGGAAGUCGAUUUCGUAGACGACGACGCCGGAUCAGACCUGUGAAACCUGUCAAAGAAAUCUUGAAUGACAUGAAGGGUUCCACAAGUAUUCCCAUCGACCUUACAAACCCUGCAAACUCUCUUGCCAACCUUCCUUACAAGUAUUUGUUUUUCCGCGAAGAUGUGCGACCUGCUUAUUAUGGGACAUAUACGAGAGUCGUCUCACCACGAAGUACAAGAAGACUCGCCACAAAUCCUACCUACCGAGGAUUACCAGACACGAACUAUGAUUAUGACAGUGAAGCAGAAUGGCAGGAACCCGAAGAAGGAGACGAGGAAGUGCUGGAUGACGACGAGAAAUCCGAAGACGAGGACGGGGACGAAGAAAUGGGAGAUUUUCUCGACGACGAAGGAGAGGUUGCCAAACGUCAGUUGAUUGUCGGUGAUAUGGAGCCCAAGUGCAGCGGGCUAUGCUGGGAAGGUGGUGAUGGUCAAUCUCAAGAUGGCCACGAUUUAUCGUCGUACCGUAUGGACGUUUUGCACGACUCAACAACCUUUCCGAUCGAUCCAUACUCGACGAUGCAUUGGGCAGAUGUCGGGAAAAAGAGUCCUAUCAAGCGGGAGGAGAAGCCGCCACAGACUCCAGCCAUGCAGCCCCCUCGUCUACCACUGAUAGCGGUCGACCCGAACGGUGGCGGUUUGGUUUCUCAGUCCGGCCUGCUGAAGUUUGCACCAAGCGAACGGCAAUCGGAGAACCAAUUUCAAACGUCCAAAGUGAAAGCGAAUUCUGCUUCGGGCAAACCGGUCAAGACUAUUUCGCCAGACUUUUUGCCUGCGUUCAGGCAAGCAGUGUCGGGGAAUACGUUGACGAAAACUGGGUUGAUUGAGGUCCUGAAGAACCAGUUUCCCAAAUGUUCCAAGGAUGCUAUCAAGCAUACCCUGGAAGCAAUUGCGGAGAGAAGAGGCGUCAAGGAGGCUGAGAAGAAAUGGGUGUUGAUCGGUUGAGCAUUCAUGAAACUGGGUGCAGAUCGACAAGAUGUCUGAAGAAUGAAUGAAGCGAGACGAGGUAAUUGAACUGUAACAAGAAGCGAGUGCACUGAGCGUUCUGGACCCUGCAUUCAACUGGAGGCCUGCGUAAGCCUUACGGUCGCUCGAUGGUGCAUUCAUUAGGACAUAUAGAGCAUGGGAUGAGUAGAGGUCAGAGAUGGCUCGAGCCAGAAUACAACAGUAUUAAAGAC